AUGGCGGAACAUGGCGACACCAGACCAACAAGCUCGCCUUACGCGAGUGGUACCUGUGCUGUUUACUUCGAAUGCAAGGGUCCUCUGCACAUCUCCCGUUCGUUGCUCCCCGAGAACUUGAUGGACGCUGCACAGUUCAGAGACAAUGAUGAUUCUGCUUAUCCUCUUUGCGAGUUAUGGCUGGACGAGGUCACGCUCGACGUAGGUCAUGUCAUCAUUCACUAUUUGGUCACAGGUGCCUACCAGUGCCUCCAGCCAGAGGAAGGAGAUCGCGAGGAGAAGAUUUCAGCCGAGCUUGCGACUGCUAUUCGUGUGUACGUCGCUUCCGACAAGCUGUCUUUGACCAAACUCCGUGACAUGACUAGAGACGAGAUCGUUCGUCUGGGUGACCAGCUCACCUUGACUCCUCUGAUCAACGUCAUGGAGAAGGCUGCCCUGUCCUUUGAUGAGAACCCAGGAAUUGCCGCUUAUGUCGAAUCGCGACUUUUGUCCUUCUCUCAAAUUGAUCACGUCGCAGACCUAGUCGACCAGAGACUGGCUGCAUUGGGUGCUCCGGUCACUCUGAGAAAGGUUCUAUUGCGCAGCAUUUUGCUUUCCAAGGCUUCCGAAAGUCGUCAGCUGGAAGAGCCAACCUACCAGGCUUCAUGGGAAUACCCCGGAGUUGAACUGCGCCCUACUAAACAGGCCAUGGAACGGGCCGAAAGUGUUUCACUCAGAAACGCCGAGGCUGCUUCCGAUGAAGAAGAACUUGGAAGACUACAGCAAAAGACGGAGCUCUCGCCCUGGGAUCGUCUGAGACUUUAUGAUCUUGAGCACAAAGCCGAGAAGAGAGCCAAGGAAAUCGCAACCGAGAGAGAGCUAGACGCACAGCGUUGUGAUGCAAGCAACUGGUCCCUUCAACAGCCUCUUCGUCCAGAAGCCUUUGUUGAUGGACCCGUCCCCGAUCCCCCCCGACCGUCGUCUAAAUUCUGGAAGCCCGAGGCUUUCGAGGGACACAGCCAGUGUGACAAUGAGACACACAGCGAUAGCAGCUCGACCGAUGAACUCACACCUGGCUCAGUUGAGAGCUCAUCAAUGGACGAAGUAUGCUGCGAUUGGUGA